UUACAAAGUACUUCAACUGAAAAUCUCCGGAUCCAUAUUUGAAAACAUCUGAACUAUGGCUCAGUGCUUCUGCUUCCAGUCAGUGUGAGUUGUGAGUUAUGUAAUGUAGCCCUAGACCACAGCCUUUCAGUUCAAGGCAGUCUAAAGCAAGACCUGAAGAAUCCAACUGAUAAAAGCAGAAGCCAGGAUUUAUACCUAGUCUGUGUAUCAACAGCACCCUCUGAAGGCUCUUCCUACGUGAUCUGCAGGGACAAGUCUAUCCAUGUCCGCUGAGCACUGAGUUGAACAAUGACCAUCGUUUCCAAAGUUGAAUCUCUAGACCCAUCAGCCUGUCAGAAUCAGUCCGGCCUUUCCGAAGCAGUCUCGCCUGGAGACCCGGAUGCAGGCUCUACCAAUUGGGAUGCUGUGUGUUCAUUAAGAGAUGUUGCCCAUCACACACUUCCCUUAGGACCAGUACCUGGUGCUACUUAUUCAAAUUCGGCUGUGCCUGAUAAGUCAGAGCCAUCACCACCAAAGGGUCAAGCCCUAGAUGAUGGCAUUCCUCCACCACAGAAAAUUCUUUUUCCCCCAAAGAAGAUUUGUCUUACGUGGCAGCAAACUCGCAGAGUUGGAGCUGGGCUUCAGAAUGUGGGAAACACCUGUUUUGCCAAUGCAGCAUUGCAGUGUUUGACAUACACACCUCCUCUCGCCAAUUACCUGUUAUCACGUGAACACUCAAAGACGUGUCAUGCAGGAGGAUUUUGUGUGAUGUGUAUAAUGCAGGCGCAUAUCACCCAGGCAAUCAGUCAUCCCGGGGAUGUUCUUAAUCCCAUGUUUGUCAUCAAUGAAAUACAGUGUAUAGCUAGGCACUUCCGUUUUGGAAACCAAGAAGAUGCCCAUGAAUUUCUUCAGUACACGGUUGGUGCUAUGCAGGAAGCAUGCUUGACUGGCAGCAGUGAGUUAGAUAGACACACCCAGGCCACCACACUCAUUUGUCAGAUAUUUGGAGGAUAUCUAAGAUCUAGAGUCCAAUGUUUAAAUUGCAAGGGAGUUUCAGAUACUUUUGAUCCAUACCUCGAUGUUAUAUUGGAGAUAAAGGGUACUCGGAGUGUUAAGGAGGCAUUGGCACAGUUUGUGAAGCCGGAACAGCUGGAUGGGGAAAACUCGUACACGUGCAGCAAGUGCAAAAAUAUGGUUCCGGCUUCAAAGAGAUUGACUAUACAUAGAUCGUCUAAUGUUCUUACACUUUCUCUGAAACGCUUUGCAAAUUCUACCAGUAGAAAAAUUGCUAAGGAUGUGAAAUACCCUGAGUAUCUGGAUAUUCGGCCAUACAUGUCUCAACCAAAUGGAGAACCCAUAACUUAUGUUCUGUAUGCCGUGCUGGUCCACACCGGAUCUAAUUGCCGUGUGGGCCACUACUUCUGUUACAUAAAAGCUAGCAACGGCCUGUGGUAUCAAAUGAAUGACUCCACCGUAUCUCCUAGCGAUAUUAGAUCGGUACUCAGCCAACAAGCCUAUGUGCUCUUUUAUAUCAGGUCCCAUGAUAUGAAAAACCGAGGUGAACUUACUCAUUCCACCCGUCACCACGGCCAGUCCUCUCCCCGCCCCGUCACCAGUCUGCGGGUUAUCACCAACAAGCAGGCUGCACCUGGGCUUCCUGGACCACAUCCUCCCUCUCACGCGAGGAAGAGUUCAUCUCACUUGAACGGGACCGGGCCACUGAAAGACGCGCCAAGCAGUUCCACGUCGAGUCCUAAUGGAAGUCCCAGCAUCAGCAGGGCUAGUCCUGUUACGACUUCUACCUCUGUUCAAAACUGUCCACCUGGAACAGAGAGAAGUCCGUCAGGGGGUCUUGCUGCGGAGCUGGAGACCCGCAGUGCUGCCGCUGGUUCCCAUGAGAAACUGGACCCAAUCGCGAGUCUGUGCCUCAAGUUUAAGAAGGCUUUGCUGUCCCCCGACACCAGUUUCAAAUCGACCGGAGAAGUCGUCUCAGAAAACAGUUCAGCCAAGCCUGAUGAGUCGUUGUCCAUCGUAAACAACCUUUGUAACAUCAACAAGACAAGCGCGGGGGAUGAUCCACUUCCUCAACUCUGUGACGCUGGGAACUUGAUGCCCAAUGGCGGCGAAGCCCCCCACGGGGUCAAAGGGCUGUUAAUUGAGAGCGUGCAGGAUUCUGGUCCAGCAGAAGCAGCGGAGAAGCUGAACCCGGCUCCCUCCGCACAUUCCGAAGGUGGAUGUGGGCAUGAGCUCUUAGUUUACCUCAGCAGAAAUGAGUGUGGUGACGCAGAGGCCCCGUCCCAGAGCACAGGUGUAUCUGCCCACAUGCUGCCCUCUGCUCCGCCACACAGGACCACAGGCGCCCACCCUGAAGGGGACCCUGAGCACAGUCACGGGGAAAGGUGCCCUGAAGGUAAGGCCGGGCAGAAAGUUCUGGAGCACUUUCCAGUUAAAGAGAAAAUGAGCAGCCUUAGAAAAGUUGACCAUGGACAUUACUGUGACCGAUUCUGCAGUGAGGAACAUGUGCAGAAAAGUAGGAGUCGGAGUCGGAGCAGGACUGGGGAACGCUGUCACAAAAAGCGGCACUCCCUCACUAGAAAGCACAGCAAGCAGGAGUGCCACGCCGUGGAGCAACACAAGGGAAGCCAGCACCCUCUGUGCUACGGUGAGAGAGUCAGCCCCGGUGAGCAACGCGGUCCAAGCAGGUACAGCUACCACCACUCACAAACCAGGAGCGGGGCUGACCAGGACGGGAGCCGAUACCCCCACUUGGACAACGAGCGCGCCUGGCUCCCGAAGAAGCAGUACCUGGAGAAGAUGCGAUGGGACAGGUGCAGGUACUACCCUGACAGGUACGCCCCCUAUGCAGUCGAGACCUGUAUGAAGCAGUCACAUGAGGACUUCUCCCAGGCCAGGAAGGGCUGGGAGCCUCCUGUCUGGGUGAGGGAGCGGACCCACUUCCACAGCUUGUGCCCAGGAGCCACAGCCCCCUUCCCUCUGCACCCCGAGAGCUACCUCCAGAAGGCUGCCUUCAGAGCUGAGGACAACGGCUGCGACUUCUUGGAUUGGUUUCCUGAACACGAAAGCAUGAAGUCAUGCAAGCGCAGGUACGAGAGCGCAGAAAGUAAGGACAGUCAUGUGGAGAAGAAAGCCCACAGGAGCCUGCCGGGAGACCUGGAGGGGCCUAAGGUGAAGAAGAAAAAGAAAGCUAAAGACAAACACAAAGAGCAUGGCUACAGGCAUCAACUGGAUAUGGCUCUUCCCGUAGUGUACUCCGAAGCUGACCUCCACAGACACAAGAAGAAGAGACACUCAGGGAAAUCAGAGAACUUUGGAGAAGAAUCUGGGCUGCACUCACUGAAGGCUUCGAGCUAUGAGACUGUCCACUGUUUCCAGAGACCCAUGGGCAGCUUCCUGCUCGCCGAUGGCCUGGCUGUGGAGGGCACUGGACCUUCCCGAAAGAAAACCAAGCAUUCAAGGAUGGAGAGCAGGACCGAUGGGUGUCACCUGUUGGAGUAUGGCCAGGGUGAUUGAAAACUUGGCCUCAAAACAAAAAAUUCACAAGUUAAGAUUCGACCUGUUCCAGAGAAGCCACCCCAACUGAGUUUAAAUGAUAAACAUAACUUGGUUCAAAUCUGUGUGGUGCUUCUUAAUAAAUACUGUACACAUUUUGCCAUGAA